GCCGCGGUGACGGUUCCCAUGUCCAUGUCCAAGCGGAGGGAGGACGAGGUGUCUGUGGGGAGCUUGCCAUUUGCCAAGCAGCCAUCCAAUCAGGCCUCAGACUACGCCAGCAGCCCGGUCAAGACCAAGACUGUCACAGAGUCCCGUCCUCUGUCCAUCCCUAUGAAGGUGAUGCCUUCCUCUCCAGAGACCUGGACCACCUCAGAGGAACGUAUGAAAGAGAUGAUCGCUCACGUCUGGGACGCCGUCAAACGACUCACACUACAGCCCCAGUUCCCUUACCACAGCCCCAGUUCCCUCACCACAGCCCCAGUCCCCUCACCACAGCCCCAGUUCCCUUACCACAGCCCCAGUUCCCUCACCACAGCCCCAGUUCCCUCACCACAGCCCCAGUUCCCUUACCACAGCCCCAGUUCCCUCACCACAGCCCCAGUUCCCUCACCACAGCCCCAGUUCCCUUACCACAGCCCCAGUUCCCUCACCACAGCCCCAGUCCCCUUACCACAGCCCCAGUUCCCUUACCACAGCCCCAGUUCCCUCACCACAGCCCCAGUUCCCUCACCACAGCCCCAGUCCCCUCACCACAGCCCCAGUUCCCUUACCACAGCCCCA